AUAAACAAUUCCUCACAAUGCUGUCCGACGACUGACGUAUUGCACCACAUCGAAAAAAUGUGUGAAAAAUUUUUGUAAUAUUUUCGUUUUGGUUUUUACACACAAAAGAAUACGAAGCACAUACGCAUACCAACAACGCCGACCACCACCACCGUACCACCUUCGGGAUGGACGUCUUUUUGAAAUUUUUAAUCUUCGGUGGCAAGUAUCUCUCGCAGCUGACGGCACAAUCAAUUGUUGAAGCGUACCGCCGUUCGGUACAACUAGGCCGUGCCCUUACCUUGAAUGCAGAACACGCUGUGGUAGUGGUAAGCCAUUAUGACAACGUGCUAGAGUUAUACCAGAAGAAUCUCGAAGAGUUUGAAGCGCUGCCACACGCCCAUCUUGCUUUUAUCAGCGAACAACACCGGCAGGAGUUUGAGGCGUUUAUGCACGACUCUGGUUUAGUCUCCGAGGAAGACAUGUUGGUGUUGUUCAAACAUGGCACCGCUGCAGAUGGCGAGGUUGCUUCCAUAGGGUUGACCUAUGCCCAACAAAUGACACAAUCUAUUCUGGGAAGUUGUGGUCCAUCAAAAGCAACUCCUCGUACAGACUGCACAGAUUCUGUAUCUGAAGACAUACCAUUUGAAGACCCAGUUGAUGUUGAUUACACUAAUCAAGAAAAUGUCAAAUCAUAUAAUUGUCUAUCACCACGUCCAGUCCAUGCUUUCUCCAUAUUUAAAGAGACAGAACCCGAUGGGGCCCUGAAUUCAGUUGCAGAAUAUCUAGAUCGGCAGGCAGAGUACAUAAAAUGCGCCAAUGACACUUUCAAAGAACUCCAGGUGGAUAUUGCGAAUAAAUACGCGCAGAUGCAAGCACAAGCAGUGAAGCAACAUGAAGAGGACUUAGAACGUGAGAAGGCUUUCGCCCAUAAACUCAAAACGGUGCAACAGGAAGUGGAAAACUGCACAAAACUGAUGAAAAAGGCACAGAAUCACUUUGACAUUGACGAUGAAGAUCACAAAACAAAGAGGUUAUUUGGUAGCAUUGAUAAGAUUAUCGAGGACGUAGAAUCCAUCACUCAGUUGAUGAAAGUCAACGAGGAACACUUUGAAAAGUGUGAGAAUCUUAAACUGAUGCAGGAAAAAGGUUCCACAGAUGUAGAUUCUUUGCAGGUGAUGGACGCUAACCUCCAAGCUUAUAAUAAAUUUGUUUGCCAGAAUCUAGGUCAACAAGUGAAGCAAUAUACCAGGAAUACCUUGCCGAUGUUACCUGCAGUUUCUACAUCGGGACUAACACCUAUUGAAGAUAAUAUUAUGAAAUUUCUUAGUAGAAAUAAACACACCGAUACAGAACGUGAGAAAAUCAUGGAAAUCAAUCAAAAAGAGUUUGAAAAAGCGGAGAAAACUCUAAAGUAUCCUUUGAUAGGUCGGUGGAAUAAUCACCUAAAGAAAUGUCGAAAGACAACGAAUCUUACUCGUGAGAAAGACCGGAAAGCACGCCGGAAGCGAAAUAAUCUCUCGAUUAAAAAGUCCUACAAAGGUUCUAAGUCCUGGAUGAGCCGAUCAAGAUUCCUAGGGACGUUUCCUUAUAAAUCUGCUGAUGAUAUGCGAGUGUCCAACUUUGCAGCGUUGAGUACCACGUGGAUUAAUGAUGAACCCGAUGCAGGACCGAUGUAUAACAUCAAUAAUGCAAUCACGCGAUUUAUCAACAGACAAUCAAAACCCAAUGUUUCUCAUAUUGAGAAACAUCGUACGGUUGAUGAGAGUCUGAUGGUGGUUGAUGAGAAGUUAGAUUAUUUGGUAGAAAAACUCCUGGAUAACAUUGAUGGUAAUGUAGAAUCUUCAAAGAUGCCGGAGAAUGCCCAAGGCAAUAAGUUUGUUGGUUUGUACUCUGCGAACGCAACGGACGAAUUGAAAAUGAAGGCGUUUUCUGAAAUCAAGAAGGAGAUUGUUAGCAAUCUUCAAUGUUUAAGGGACAUGCAGGUAAGCGAGAAAGUGGACCCAAUUGCUCAUGAUAUCGGACCAAUUCGUGAUUAUUCAAAUAUGGGAGCGCAGAUUCAACAGGCUGUGGAUGUAGAUUAUCUAAAGUCGGAAUCUGAGUCUCCUGUUUUGUUUGAUGGUAUUCCCGUGGAGUUACCUUCGGAUGACUUUGAUACCGCCAUGGAUGAAUUCACUGCGCAGGUUGCUAGGAACAACUCUAUGCAGAAGAGGAGUCAUCAGGCGACAGAGUCUGAGAUUCGUGAAUUGGAAGCGGUGAGGCAAAUGGUUUCCGAGGAAGCUGUCAAACAUCAAGCUGCAUUAGAAGAUGUUCGUGUUGAUGCUGGACUGGAAGCGCAACGUAUUGAAGCAAAACGAGCUCUCCAGGCUGCAAAAGUUGCUCGGAAAGAAGCUGCGUUUGAUGCUUCGAAGGUUGCCUACCAGAAAGCUCUUGAUGCAGAAAGAGUAAAUGAUAAUACGGUCCGUAUUGAUAUUACUCAAGAUACAAACGUAUCUUCAACUUUUCAACCACGAGUUGUCCACACUGUCAGCGAUGAUAUUUGUGAUAUUUGUGCCGAUAUCAAUUUUGACCCGGUGCAGAUAGAGAUUGAAGCACCUAGUCAAGUUCGACUUCAUAUUUCACUCUCUCCAGAUGUUGAUCAAUCUGCAACUGUAGAUUUGAUUGAAACUGUUGCUCCUCAUCACAGAGAACACAACGAAAUCAACGCGAAGGCUUUGAUGAAGGAUAUCCUCACAGAAAUGAAUGAAAAAGAGGCUGUGUAUGACUGGCAGACUAACAAUAAACUACUACAACUUGCUCGGGAGAUGAAUCAUGCUGCAGCGAUUAAAAACCGACAUUGCAAGGAACAACAAGCUGCUGGUAAGCAGCUGCAUGAAAUCAUGAACAUUGAUAAUGUUGAAACUGUGAUUGAAAGCACACCUAGUGCCAAACAAUCUUUAGCAGAACUUAAAAAUCAUGAAUCUAACGAUCCUGCUAAUUUAAAUCUUACUAUGAAUACCCUGAAGUGGGUUAAUGAAUUGAUUCAUCGGAAUAAUGAUAAUCCCAUGCUGGGCACAGAUGGAACCUCUGUGAAGAACGUGAGUGUGUUUAAGAAGAGCCAUGCUGAGACUAAGAAAAGAUGGAAUAAAUGGAAGAAUCUUCAGCCUAAGUAUAGAAAAGUUAAAAAAUCUUAUACGGUAGUCAAGACUAGAAACAGUGAAAUUACCCUUCAGGAUAUGAUCAAUGGAGGAUCACGAAUAUUGAAUUCUUCGGUUGAGAAACUCCCGGGUACAAGACAUAUCAGCUUCAAGAAGAGUUCAGAAAAUGUUGUAAAGAGGUUGAAGCCUUCUACUGCAUGCACCACUUUACGAAAACAAUCUUCAGAUAUAAAAUUGAUUCCGAUGAAUUUACUACGUCCGAAUAUACAGCAGCAAUCAGCCAAUGAUGAUGAUCUAAUAGAUAAUAAACUGAGGUUGACUGAGAAGAUGAAGUCGUGCAAUUUGAAUCAGUAUCGCGUAGAGAGUGCAAAGGCUUUUAAGCCAGUAAAAUUUGAAGAAACACCAAAAGAAGAAGUAAAAAUACAGGAACCAUCAACAUCUACGAAGAAACCUAUGUAUACUGUACAUUUGGAGAAGGUAACUGAGGGAUCUUCCAUUAAAUCUGUGUCCGACAAUCAAGCAAUUCAAUUUUUCAAGCAACCAAAAAAGAAUUCUUUGUUUUUGGAUAAAAUUCCUGAAGUACCUGAAGAUAAAGGUAGAGAUUUGAAGAUUACCCUGGUUCAAACUUCAGUAAAACCAGAGAAAUCAGAAAAGAUUGCUAAUACUGAAGAAGUCACCGAAAAUGGUACAACGAAAAUAAACGAAGUGAAUUCUUUUAAUGCAAUGUCAAAGAUUAAAGCUAUCAGGAAAACUUACGAGAAGAGUAUGAGGAGGUCUUUGAGAACAGCUGUGCUUGCUCCAGAUGUUUCCCGAAAGGAUGCUUAUACAUCCCUGAAUCAGAACCUAGCACAGAAGCUGAUGCCAAAGGACCCAAAGUCAAAAAACUCCCACAAUGCUUCAAUAGAUGCAGUAAACCAACAAACAGAAGCAGGAUCUGCAGUCAAAGCUCAAGCUCAGGAAAUACCACCAGCCCCACCACCAACACCUCGUUCUCCACGUAAGACACAGUCGUUUUUUCCGGCGAAAGCAGUAAAAACUGAAGCGCCUGUAAUUUCACUCAAACGAUUUCAAUCUCAGACUGAGCAAUUGUGUGCACCGUCAACCGAACAACUUCGGGAGAGUGCCAAGAAGAAAAGGUUAGAGAAGUUGCAUAACUUGGCAAUAAAACCACCUAAACCUGUGGAGACAUUGUCCAGACCCUCAAAAUCUGAAGAUUCUAUCCGAACUAAAGAUACUAUAUCAAUGGAUUCUUAUAACCCUGAAUCACAAACUAGACUUGUCCAAAUAACACCUACUUAUAUCCUUGAAGAACCAAUUGGUAAAAAGAAGAAAGUUUAUGAGCCUUCGACGAAUCCUUAUGAAACUGAUAAGGACAUUACUGUAAAUAUAAGAAUUCCUGAACAAGGAUCCAUGGAGGAUGUGUGUGAUUACGAUGUGACCUACAAGCAUGAGGUAGCUGAUGUGAGUAUGGCUAAUCCAUCAAAUCAAAAACAUAUAGAUCCAUUGAUUAAGCGAGCUGUGGAGACUUACCACAUGGCGAAUAAUGAGGAAAGUUUCAAACGUAGUCAAAUUGGAUCAAAGUUUUUGAUUGAUUAUGAUAAAUCUGUGGCGAAAUCUGAGAGUUUUGGAAUGAGAGGACCACAAAAUGCGACGGAUUCAAUUGCGGAUGAUGUGUCUAUAUCGAUUAAUAUUGAAGAAUGUGACCAGCGUCCCGAAUGUGUUUCUGAUGCUGAUUUGGGUCAUAGAAAUAGAUACAUGAAGCAUCUGCAAAGAAGGAAUCAAUCUUCUGUGAGUGAAAGUCGCUUGACACCUCCUCAUUCAAGUUAUGCCAAGAUGAGACCCAGAUUGGAUCAAUUACCGGAUCUGGAGGUGAUUGCAGAACAAAUCGCUUCGGAAAACAACUCCAGAAAAGAACAAGCUGCAGCAGAUUUACGUGCAAAGUCUGAGGAGAAUAGUGAGACGGAUAAAAGUUAUCUGAACGUAAAGGGAAUAAUUUCACCAAGGGACAUGAUGGAGCCAUCUUGUGCUGCAGUAAAAACACCUCCACAGCCUGUGGAAAGUGAUCAAAGACCUCAAAAAUAUAAUUAUUCUAAGGAUGAAUUUAAAACUCAGGAUAUGGAUGAUUAUGCACCAAUGGCAGGUGCAGAUAUGAAUUCUAUUGAUGAAGAUCCCACGGGAAAAGUGGAGUUGUUGAAUCCACAUACGCAUGAAAGGGUUUUGUAUAAUUUUUCGACUGAUGAUUCACAUGCGUCCCUCUCACAUGCAGAGAAUUACCAGAAAAUAAACGAGAAUAAUGUCCAUGCUAUUCAGGAGAGAAUUGAUAAAGAUGACAAGAUGCAACACUCGCCAAUGCCGCAUAGACCGCCUAUGAAUCCAUCGGAACUUGCAAAGCAUAAGUUCCCCAUUCCUGCACCACGGUUGAAAUUUAAUCCCAAGGCUAAAGUUGAAGAAAAAGCAAGCGUUGAAUUAACUGAAGGCAUUAAAGAAGCUGGAGUGUCUUGCAAUGUAGAACCUGAAAUAGUUGCUAAUAAACCUAAACAAUUGAAGCAGGUAUCUAAUAGUCCUCAACCAACUCCUCGAAUGGAGUCUCAGAAUAUUUCAGUAGAGCCUGUGAAGAAAAAACUAAAACCAACGAUGAUUAGGAAUAAAUCUUUGGAUAAACCUUCUGAAUCUGUACCGCCAAUACCGUUGCCUUCUGAAUCUAAUAAUGUAAUGUUGAAACCUCCAUCAGAAUCAUCACCACGUGAAAAAUCUAUAAAAAUGAUUAAGAUACCAAAAGGUGAAAUGAGAAAGAAUGUGGAAUUUAAAGAAACACCUCAGAUUAAACGUGCGACAACUGCGCCGGUAAAAACAACUACUACUCCUCAAGUAGAAGCUAAAGAUGACUUGAUAGUUGAGACACUUUCAAUAAGGCAACAAUCGCCCAGAUCACCUCGAUCACAUAAAUUUGUUCUACCUCGGAAAACACCCAAAUUCGCUCAUAAAUCAGAAAGGACAUUGAAUCAGAACAAUGCACGAAGUGUUAAGGUUGAAGCACCAAGACCCAAUUCCAAACAUGCAAAAACAAUGAAUUCACUCAAAGAUAAGUCUUCUGUACAUGCAGAAUCUAAAACUGAAGCAAAGAAUGUGGAAACAUUAAAAAAUCAGAAAGAAAUUCAACCUGUGUUGUCUGCAACAUCGAAAAGUUUGGUUAAAAUUGAUCCUUCAACUGCUUCUAAACCCUAUGUUGAUAUGUCGGCUGUGGCUGGUGAUAUGAUACGCACGGGAGCCAAUAUUCAGUAUUUAAAUGAGUUGAGUUCUGAGUUGAAAAACUCUGUUUACAAUGAUUUACUGGAGAAAUGUUAUCCGAAAGAGAAGCAGCAGUCUGAUGAUAUGAAAACAUCGAAGGAUAUCAUCAAAAUGCAGGCUUUGUUGAAGAACGCUGAACCUUCUCAAGUAAAACCGAAAGUGGUAAACAAGACGCAACCCAGUUCAACUGCUGGUAGUCCCAGGGGACCUCGUUCUGGUAUGGUUUACGAAAAAGCGGAAACACCUGAAACGUUUUUCAUUCAGCCUGCUGUCAAUACAAAUGUAAAUAACAACGAAAAGUUAGUAAAACAAACAUUCCCCAAGCUAGAGAAAGUUUCAUAGCUGUUGAUGAACUCCCAGCAUCUGCAAAACCAGUAAUCAAAACCUACAGCAAGAAGGUGAUUGAUAAUUUAAGAAAUAUGAAGAAGGAACUCAUAGAAACUCCAAAAACAGCUUCUAAUAGGAAGGAAGUGAAAAGUGACAGUGUUCUAAAGCAGAAACAGACUGAGAAGAAGGCAAAAGUGCAAGCCAAAUAUGAAGGAGGUUAUGAGUUUCCAGAGGUUAUGAAGUUGAAGGCUAGUGAACGUGAACGUAACCUCAAACGAUUGAUUAUCUUGGAAGAGAAGAUGAAAAAGUUGGAAGCCAAGCGUUCGACAAAAAUCGGAAAGGAGGUGAAUUCUCCGUUAGAUAAGUCUUUAGCGAAUGUCCUUGAUGAUAUGCGUUAUAAAAAUCUUCAAAGUAUCCUGAAACUACUGUUAGACGGAUUGGUACCUUUAAGGAAACCUCUGCAGCUGGAACACAAUAUCGUAAAAGCUAUAGUAACAUCAACUCUAAGGAAAAUGAAGGUGGAAGGUCAAGAGAUGGAAGAAAACAAAGAUCCAUGAGUAAAGGAGCAAGUCAAAGUGAAGAUUUAUCCCCAUCUAGAAAUUCUGAAGUGAAGAUUCCACGAUUGCAUGCAAGAUCAGCUUCUGCCCCGAUUCCAAAGAAAAUAACUAAGCAGGAACAGGAGACAGAAAAGAAAGUUUCUGGUAAGAAGUCUGAACCUAUGGAGGAGUUUAUCUCAGUUCCCAAGUUGAAUAUCAAAGGUAUAAAGAAAUUGAAUUCGACGACAUCUAAUACCACAGCACCACCAACAGAACAACAACCAAAGAUUAACCCUAAUCCAAAGACCUAUGAGGAGGUACCACCUGCUGUGGGUCAAUGGAAGUUGCCACCUUCAAGGAGGAAGAAUUUACUUCCAAAUAUUCCAGAGUUGCAGAAUGUGGAAGUUGUGGUACCUAAAAAUAGUGCUUCUACAAAGGCGGCUGUAAUGACCAAGAGACCUUAUCCCCACCACCCGCACCACCAGUAAUACCUACUGUUCCCUCCAACAUAGUACCUGAAAUAGAAAAAGUAUCACUUGUUCCGAGUAGGGUAAGUGCUGUACCUGAAAAGCCAUCUGGAUCAGCAUCACCACGGGCUGCAGGAACUGUCAUAUCUAUAAGUCCCACACCGUUCUGUGCACCUACAAAAUACGGUGCAGCACAAUCCUUGCAUCCGGAGGAAAGUAGAUUCUUCCAGAUUGAACCACCGAAGCCUGAUGAAUAUGCUGAGCUACCAAGUGUACCAGCGGCAAGUUCAGAUCCUCAAUUGGAUGCCAAACUGUUUAUGCCUUAUGCUUUCAAGGCUCAGAAAACAGAUGAUGAUGAUCCCAAAAGUCAAACCAGUCAGUUUGAUCAAAAAAAGACAAAAACUUUGAAGGUAUUCCAGAACCAGGUGAAACAGACUAUCAAAGCAAUGGAAGAAAAGGUACGGGAAAGGGAUGAAAGGGAGAAGGUAUAUACCUUUAACAAGAAAACUAUCAAUGCUUUUACGAAUACAUUUGGGCGACAUUUGGUGCGUUUGAAGACUGAAUCAAACCACGGCAAGAAGAAUGCCGAGGAAUAUCACAAAGCGCUUUCUGAGAAGCUUCAACGCAUGUCUUCACUUCCCAGGGUCAAAGAAAGUGUAGAGGCUUCAAAGACCUUCAUCUAUAAACCACCUAUCCGAGAAAGAGCUGGUAUUCGUGAAACAAAGAAACCGUCACUCUCAGAAGUGAAACGAUUGAUAAUACGACACUUGAAGGAGACUUCACCAAGCCAGCAGGUUACGUUGAAGAGAUCCAAUGCAACUGCUUAAACAUGACACAUUCCCGCUACAAUCAAUCAAUCCAUAUAAUGUCAAGAGCGCAAUCGUAUGUGCUGCAGAAAAUUAGGACAUGAUAGAACAACAUUUGUUGCGUACGUUGAUCAAUCCCAACCAAAUCUCGAUGUGCAAUCGGCGGCAUUAGCUCGCAUUGAUUUUUGGAGACAAAUUUUCAGACUGAUGAUCAAUGAGAAGGGUUAAGGGAAGGAGGUUCCUAUGUAAAUUUCAUGUGCCGAACUUUCACAUGCAUUUCGAUUACGCAAUUGAACAAAUAAAUGUUCGUACAGUGUAAAUGUCCCCGUGUAUCUAGGUACACUAUCACUUUGGUGUUCAAAUCAGUUUAAUAAACGUUAUUCAACAUUA